GUCGGGCCACUGGUCAGAGAUUUUCCUUCUCCUUUUCCAUGUCAGAGAUGUUCCUUUUCCUUUUCCUUUUCCAUAUCUUUUUCCCCUCUUUCUCCUUCUAACGCAUUUUCUCUCUGCUCUCUGCUCUCUGCUCUCUGCUUCCUUUUCCAUUCUCGCUUCUUCGCGGUCGUGGAGCUUUGUGGUCCUUCCUGGGACAAGUAGAAGGAGAUAGAGAUAGAGAUAGACGCCUAUCGUCAAUCUUCCAGCACCGGAUGGCGUCGUUGACACUGCACGGCGCCUCCUUGGCGCUCUCGUUUGUGUGUACGCAGCGGAGGCCGAAAUGCGAAACGAAAUCUGAGGGCGGAGCCUCAAGGCGCCAAAAACAAAAACAUACUUUCGUCAAAUUCUGUGGUCGGCGGGAGCAAACAGCGCGCGGGCCUCCGCGACGAGGGCAUGGGCAUUUCUCUGCUGACGCGGCUGUCAAGGCUUCGUACACAUGGGACAGCGGGAGGUCCGUUAUUGCCCGCGCACCCCUCGUUGCCCCCGUCGCGCAGUCGCAGCUCCAUCGUCUGGUCUGCGGCCCUUGCGCAAGGAAGAGGGGUGUAGCCCAGGCUUCCGCGGCGGUACCUCGCGCGGAUUUCGCGGAAUGCUGGUUGCCGCUGAGAAGGGGUGCCAGGGUCAGUCCGACGGCGCCAGGAGCCUCAGCGCCUGUCGCAGCAGCGGGCGACCUCGCCUCCGCGGGGGAGGAAGCGGCUGGACGGAGUGCGCUCGCGCCCAUCGGCGGAAGCUGUGGUCGUUCCACGUAUCGGCCUGUUGACAAUCACACAGGCAGGAGCAUCGGCGACGGCGACGGCGGCGGUGGCGGUGGCGCUGACGCUGGCGGGAGAUCAGCAGGCGGCAGCAGGAGCAGCUGGCGGGGUCGUUCUGCCCCGCGCUCGUGUGUCUGCGCCGCUGCCGGGACGUCCUGUGCGUUCGCCUCCGUCAUUACCACCACCGCCGUCGUCGCUGCGGCGCCUACCACCCCUUCUUUCGGCGCUGGUCAUCAGAUCGGUCAGAUCGGUCGAACGACUUCCCGCUCAACGACGACAGGCUCGUUUGACUCUCCAUGCAACGCUUCCCCGCCAAUUGGCGUGAAGGUCAACCUCGUCAAUAUCCAUGGUUCUUUGUGGGGUGGUGGUGAUUGUGUUGGACUUACAAGUGUUUCCUCGGCGCCACGAGCUGCCAGUCUAGUUGCUGGGAAUUGUGCUCUUGGUCGUGAUUGGGAACGUGGGCCACGACGAGGAGAAGGAGGAGGAGGAAGAGGAGGAGGAGGAGGAGGAGGAGGUGAUUGCUUGCGGGAAUGGGAGGCUCGGCAGCGCAGCGUGGAUUGCCCGCCAACUCCAGCCCGAUACGUUGGUGCUUCUGGGCUGACCCGAGAAGGUCAUCAAGAACGCCGCCGCGAUUCCCUGCGCAAAAUGGCGGAUGAGCGCGGGGGGGGAAUGCGCCACGUGGCGCCUUGCCAUGUCGUCAAUGCCGGUGUGGUGAUGAGGAGGACAAGUCCAACCCCUUCCAGACUAUCGGUCGCUUUCAUGGCUGGUGCCGCAGUGGGUAUGGCCGCCGCCGCGGCGGGAAAGGGUCGGAGCGGGACUGGCCUAUGGCGAUCGGUCGUUUGCAUGGUAGGGGAGACCUCAUCAAGCGGCGGUCGCAGUGUGGAGGGCCUGUCGCAAUUACUAUUACUAGUAAAUGGGCGUGAGCAGUCUACGAGCAUGGCGCGUCCACGAGCGCCACGUGUCCUUCGGCAGAUCGCAAGGAGUCUGUUGUCAUCCGAUGGUUGUGCUUGCCCCCCAUUGACACGUGGCAGUCAUUCGGCCAUUCAAGCGGUGAGUAGGAAGGUUGAUGCGGUGUCGUGGACAUCGAGGGAGGGAGCAUUGGCGCCUUUCCACGGCAAAGGAUUACUGUCGGCGGCGGCGGAAGCAAAACUGUCGCUCCCCUCUUUCUCCUUAUCUUCACAUUUCGAUCAGCUCGCUGCAGUUGGUGGUCGUGCGGUCAGGAACGUUUUGGCGGGAGGGUUCUCUUCUAAGGUCUCCUCCACAAGCAGUACGACUGCUCCUGUAAUCAAGAUCAAGAGCGAAAUACGGUCGUGGCUGAGUGGAGCGGGAGGGCUAGAAGGAAGAGGAGGAGAUGGUCUUGCUCCUACUAGAAGAAGGUACUUAGUCGAUCUUCGAAACGUUGUCAAGAAGACGCAUCAGGAGCAGCAGCAGCAGCAGCUGCAGCUUUUUCAGGCUUAUGGUCAUGGGGGUAUUGGGGUGCAUCCUUUUAGAAUGCGUGGUGGCCCGAAUGAUAGGCGCCGGAUGAUGACUCGUUGCCUGCAGUGGACGGCAAGACAGACGACUUGUGGAAAACAUGGGGGAAAAAACGACUGGUUUGGUAAUUUGAGCUGCUGCGUGUGGGAAGGGAGUGGGCAGUCUCUGCAGCGUGGAGGAGGGCGCGAUUUGUCGAGAACGACGAGUUUGAUGAGGACAUCAGCGAUGGUGACGACAAGCAGUAGCGGAGGACGCAGUAUGGGGCAGUUAUUACACGUCGGGUCAUGGGGAGGACCUUUUCGGCCGGGCAGUUUAUUCCAACCUCGUCGAGUCAAGGCCACUGCAGCAGCCAGAGAAAGAACGUUGGCUAGGUGUACGUCAGAAGCAGGGCCUAGAAUCAGAGAGAGGCGGAGGGAACCCGACUUGUCGCAGCGUGUCAUCGAAUUCUACUUGCGUUGCCUUCAGCAAAGACCUAUCGUCACCAAGAGCGUAACAGCUGGCGCCAUGGCCUUUCUGUCGGACAUCACGGCCCAGGUGUUGACUAGCCCCAGGCCCGGCUUUGUGAUCGAUGCGGCAAGAUUGGCACGGAUGACGUCCUUUGGGUUCUUUUUCUCGGGGCCGGUAUUGCAUGGAUGGUUUAAGCUGAUGUCUCAUGCCUUUCCUAAUCGGGAUAUGCUAAGCAUCGCCUCAAAGAUGGCGCUGGGGCAGGUGGUGUUCGGGCCGAUCGUUGUUUCCAUCUUCUUUGCUGUGAACGGUGCCUUGCAGGGAGACACACUUAACCAGGUUAUUAACAGACUGCACCGAGACCUUUUGCCGACCCUCUGUGCCGGCCUGUUCUUCUGGCCAAUAUGUGAUGCGAUCAUGUUUCGGUUCAUCCCAGUGCAUUUGCAGCCACUGUUCAACAAUUCAGCGUCGUAUAUUUGGAACAUUUACAUUAGUUGUGUUGCAAACAGCAGCCCUCCGGUGUCGCCCCCACUCGAGUUAUCUCACUGAGAGAUGUGGAAGAACAGAACACCGCCGGUGUCGCCGCCGCAGGUGUGUGUUGUAAGUUGUGUUCUUGUCAAUGGGUUCUGCUGCCAGGCGGUUAGUGAGAAUGUAGAAUGAGGAAAAGCGUGCCAGCAUCUUUGUAUUGGCGAAUGUUCUUCAAUAUUAGGUGGGAGAGGUGCGUUCGACGUUCGUAUGGUAAUGUGACACUGCCUGGGAAUCACUGGCUGUUGUUGUAGUUCAACUAGGGUUAGUUUUGUUGAUGGCACUUGGAAGUUGGAAUUGAUGGUACAGUCUAUCGCAUCCCAGUUAGUCUCUUUUUUUUUUCUUUCUCUUGGGGUUUAUGGUCUUCUGUCCGUACGAUCGCAGUCACACUUUCUAUGUGGCUUAGCUUAGCAAGGUUCCAACUGUAUUUCGACCUGUCCGAUUUGUGUCGGUAGUUCAGGAAGGAAGUGAGUUGAGAAAAAAUAAAAUUCAAAUUUGUAA